UCAUCGCUCAUCUUAUCAGAGACAAUAUGAGCACUUCUGUGGCCGUGUACAGGAAUAUUUACACGGAGGACCGCUUUAAACAGGCCUACGGCUCCGAUGAUAACAAGAGUGGAAGUUUGCAGCUCCGGGAAAAGCUCGCCGGGAAGUGCAGGUGUUCAAGGCGAGCCUGCCUUCACCUGUUGAGGGAGAGAGUGCCCAUUUUUGACUGGCUGCCAAGAUACAGACUAAAGAAAUGGAUGUUAGGAGAUACUAUAGGGGGACUGACAGUUGGUAUUCUUCACAUUCCGCAAGGCAUGGCCUUCGCGUUACUCACAUCUGUAGCACCAAUCUUUGGCCUUUACACCUCUUUCUUCCCCGUGGUUCUCUAUAUGUUUUUUGGCACCGGUCGCCAUGUGUCCACAGGUACCUUCGCUGUGGUGAGUCUGAUGACUGGUUCUGUGGUGGAGCAGCUGGUUCCCACUCCUCUGGAGAUGAACUCAAGUUCGCCUGAAGCAGCCGACUUUGAGGCCCAGAGGAUUGGAGUUGCAUCAGCUGUAGCGCUCCUCUCAGGAAUUAUCAUGCUCUGUAUGUUUGGUCUUCAGCUGGGCUUCCUCUCCACCUAUCUGUCAGAGCCAAUUGUUAAGGCUUUCACCAGUGCUGCUGCCUUCCAUGUUACUGUCUCACAGCUGCAAAGCAUGCUGGGGCUGCGGCUCCCUCGCCACACUGGGACUUUCUCCCUUUUCAAGACUUUAGCGUCAGUGAUGAAGAACCUGCCGCACACCAACAUGGCUGAGCUGCUGAUCUCCUUGAUGUGUUUGGCUGUUCUAGUGCCAAUUAAGGAGAUCAACAUGCGUUACAGACAGCGCCUUCGUACGCCUAUCCCUGUGGAGAUCCUCACGGUGAUUAUUGCUACAGGUGUGGCCUAUGCCUCCUCGCUGGACUCUACUUACAACAUUGAGAUAGUUGGUCACAUCCCAGCUGGAUUCCCAAAGCCACAGAUGCCUACCUUGAGCACCUUCCCUGACAUUGCUGGCGACACCAUAGCAAUAACAUUUGUCGGUUAUGCUGUGUCGGUCUCUCUGGCAAUGAUCUAUGCCGAUAAACAUGGAUAUUCCAUCAAUCCCAACCAGGAGCUCCUGGCUCACGGUAUCUCCAACACAGUGUCUUCUUUUUUCACAUGCUUCCCCAGCUCAGCCACUCUUGCUACCACUAAUAUACUUGAGAGUGCUGGAGGAUACACACAGCUCUCCGGCUUGUUCACAAGUCUGGUUGUUCUGAUUGUCCUGCUUCUGAUUGGACCGCUGUUCUACUUCCUACCAAAGGCAGUAUUGGCAUGUAUCAACGUCACCAGCCUCAGGCAAAUGUUCCUCCAGUUCCAGGACUUACCUGAUCUGUGGAGAAUCAGCAAGAUUGACUUCAUGGUUUGGGUGGUAACCUGGCUCUCUGUAGUGGUCCUCAACGUGGAUGUUGGCCUAGCUAUCGGAGUGGUUUUCUCUAUGAUGACCGUCAUCUGCCGCACACAAAGGGCUGGUUGUUCAGUGCUUGGUCGGGCCAGCAACACAGAAAUUUACAGACCUCUGGAGAACCACAGCAAGUGCUAUGAGAUACCUGGAGUGAAGAUCCUGACUUACAACGGGCCUAUUUACUACGGCAACCGUAGCUUCUUCAGGGAGGAAAUGAGCAGGCUGCUGGGCCUGACGCCAGAGAAGAUCCGCAGCUGGGAGAAAGCCAGAAAGGCCCUGGAGAAAAUGGAGAGAGAGGCUACUGUCAGCACUGUGGAAGGAGGAAUUGCAAACACAUCAUUUUCAUCAGAAAAUGAGUUCUUUAAAUCUGAAAAAUCCAAGAGUGAUGUUCAGGCAGUGCUAAUCGAUUGUAGCAGUGUGACAUUUGUUGAUGUUGCUGGAGCAAGACUCUUUACACAGAUGUGUACUGAAUGCCACAAAGUUGGAGUUCAUGUAUAUUUGUCAAACUGCAAUGAGAGCGUCUUAAAGAUCCUAACAUCAAGUGGUCUAAUGACCUACAUGAACCCUCAGCAUAUUUUUGUUACUGUUCAUGAUGCAGUGAUGUACAUUCAACAGCAGAAGGAAAAACCUACAGAGAACACCACGACUGUCUGGGUAUGAGCCAGGAGGACAGUGACGAGUCAUGCUCCCAUCAUCCAAGUGUCUUGGACUAAGAAGACAGAAGAGGGCAAAUGGGUCUUAUACAUUUUGUUCUAUAAGCAGAGACUAUGUUUCUCUGCUGUAUAGCAGUGCUCCAUUAUAUACCAGUGUUUCAAAGAAACAGUAGCCUGUUGUAGCACAUCAUGAAUUACAAUAAUUAUCACAUACAGUGUUACCACUUUUCUCACAAACUCUCUUCUGGUACACUUUAAUCGGAUUUUAGUACACGGUCACAAAUUCAGAGGGUUUUAAAUAAGAUCAGGCAUAAAAAAACCAGACAUUCUCCUCGUAUAUUUAGUGUAAAAAAAAAGAAAAAUAAGUAAUUUUGUCCUAUGACUAUAAAACUCUAUAUGACAGAUGUUCUUUCUUUUAUUGUUGUGUAUUCUGUAAUAUUAGCAUAAUGGUAUUUAUUUAGUUUCUGUGUGUUGUUUGCAAUACGGAUUGAAUAUAAAGUGCACUGAAUAGUUUGUUAAAUACUUUAUGUAUUUAUAUGUUUUAAAAAUAUGUGCUUGAAUAUGCAACUAUGUAAAGUAAAUUCCAACUCAUACGACCUUAAAAUGUUCUCACUUUGAACUCCAG